ACGGCAAUACUAAUGGUAAACCCAAACCUGUUGAUGGAGUCGUUGAGAGAAAGCAGCUAUCUUCAGUGUCUACAGCUUUACAGUUAGCAGUUGGGAUUGGAAUCUUUGAGGCCAUGGCUCUGUCUUUGGGAUCUGGGUUGUUUCUAAAUAUGAUGGGCAUAUCAUCAGACUCACCUAUGCGCAUUCAAGCACAACGAUUUCAUCAACUAAGAGCAUUUGGUGCUCCCGCAGUUGUAGCAUCUUUGGCUCUUCAAGGAGUUUUCCGUGGAUUUAAGGAUACAAAAACUCCAGUACUAUGUCUAGGUAUUGGUAAUUCGUUAGCUGUGUUUUUGUUGCCCCUCCAUAUUUAUUAUUUUCGUUUGGGUGCAACUGGUGCAGCCAUUUCCACUGUUAUAUCUCAAUACACUGUCACCUUUUUAAUGAUCUGGUUUCUAAAUAAGAGAGCUAUACCAUUGCCUCCGAAGGUUGGAUCACUACAAUUUGGUGGAUACCUUAAAUCCGGUGGUUUUCUUCUUGGACGAACUGUUGCUUGUCAUACGACCUUGACAUUGGGAACAUCAAUGGCGGCUCGUCAAGGUCCAGUAGCUAUGGCUGCUCAUAAGAUAUGUAUGUAUUCAAGUAUGGUUGGCUGUAUCCCUUCUAACUGAUGCAAUGGCUGCAUCUG